AAAGAAUAUAGACUGGUUCAUGUAUCGCAGGCCGCUAAAUACGCCACGCUGAAUCAUGCUCUUUGUCUGGUUCUACCACGAGUGGUAUGUGCCAGUCAGGGAAUGAGGGAGGGGGAUGUGUUUAACUUGGUGCUAUGCCCAUUUGUACCUUAUUCAUAUACCUACAUAGUCUCUUUCUUUCUUUCUGUCUGUCUUUCUUUCUUUCUAUACGCACAGCUGACUGCUCAACAAGCUUUUUUUCCAAGGACACACACUAUUUAAUAGUGUUAGAGUACUCCUGGAUUCACAAAUGUGACUUGUAAGUCAUUCUUGGUAUACUGAGGUCUGAUUCUACAGUUGAGCUCAAUUUGCUAAUGUUAGUGAUGAGCACAAUGUAAGGUGAAUAUAUAUAUAUAUUUUUUUGUACCAGUGUUAAACAGAUAAAUUCUCGCUGAUGAUUUAUUUCCUAAAUUGAGACUAAUACUGAAAUUCCCACUCAUGCCAGUCUGGGACAGAUGCGCGUUUGCUUACUCGCCGGUUAGCUAGCUAACUCGAAUGUUAGCUAAAUGAAUGUUUAGCUCUGGGUAUGGUGCUGUACAGUAUUCGAGAAGUUUAGCUGCUGUUAAAUAAAACACUGAGAAUGUGAGAGUUUAAAAGGAGACUUUGACACAGAAAUCCUAAAAAUGUAUGAUUAGUAGCUUACUAGCUUGCCUUUAGUAGCUAGCUUGAUUACUAGCUACAGUUAGCUAGCUGGCUAAUUAAGUUGGCUAGUGAUAUUAGGCUUUUAGCUUUGUAUAUUCAUAGAUCUUGGUAUUUUUUAAUGAGGGAAAAAAUGUUUUAGGCAUUUCAUUGGCUUCAAACCAUAAAAUGAUUUAUUCUACACAUGUGUAUGGUUUAAAUUGAUUUUGUUUUGAAUAUGAGUGAGUUAAAUUUGACCUCAGCCAGUGUUUGUGUGUUAAAACUGCUUUUUCGUGACAUAUGCACUUUGCUCGGAAUGUUUUUUUUUUUUUUCCUGUGUUGUGGACUGAAUAAAUCUUUUCAUUUCUUCUUCUCAUAUUUUUUUUAUUUGAUUUUUUUAAAAAAUUUCUUUACUGAUAAGAUGUGUCUGGUGAUAAACACAGGCGUGCUCCUGCUGGAUUAAUGAAUGCCAUUGUUUUGGAGUCAGCGGUUUGAGGUUUUCCUGUGUGGCUUAUUCUGAUGCGUGAAAGCUCAUCUAGCUGUGAAAACCUGCUCUACCGCCUCGCGAGGCGAGGCAGGGGGCGCAGGUUAACCUGGUUUACUUCUUACUCAGCCUAAAACUGCCACACUGCUCUGCGUUUACCUUCUCUCAUUCUCUGUCGUCAGCUAACACACUCCUCCUGAAUAAACUUGGCACCUGCAUGGGGCUUAACAGCGGCAGGUUUGUUCUUCAGACGAGGGUGGCGUCUCGGCUCGCGCUGUUUUUCUUUACCCUCCCGUGCAUCAUCCCCCCUCCCCCCCCAACCCCCCCCCCACCUUCUCCACACUGUCAGCUCACGAGCAUUCCUCUGGUAUUUAUAUUUCCCUCCCUCGACUCGCCGUGCUCACACAGACCUCGGAUUCAGUUCGGCCUGAAGGGACGGCCCCUGUGUGUCCCACGUCCUCGUUGGCUCCUGCGUAGUCACGUGGCUGAAAAAAAGGAGGCGUUCCUGGUGCUCCUCCCGGAUUCUGUCGAGAUUUUCGGUCUCGUUUCUCACACGUGCAAGGCACUUGGCGGACACACUUGUGCAACCGGUGUUUUUAUUUGUGGUGUUUGCUUUACAAGGAGAACAGCCAGAUUUGGGCAGAGCUUGCCGUAACCAUGUUCAGGAUGCUGCCCGAGGCUGACAGCAGCGAGUGUUUGGGUAGUAUGACCCCAGAGACGCAGGACAUCUACCUGAGGUUGGACCACCACCGGCGACGUUCGGGGUACAGGCUGGGCCGAAUCAUCGCCCGCCAACAGCUGCUCAAGAGGAUAGCUGCAGAGAUCGAAGCGAAGGAAGCUUGCGAGUGGCUCCGAGCUGCAGGUUUCCCGCAGUACGCGCAGCUUUUCGAAGAUUCACAGUUUCCCAUCGACAUCACUCCUGUAAAGAAAGAUCACGACUUCUUGGAUAAAGACCUUGUGGAACCUUUAUGCAGGCGACUCAACACGUUAAACAAGUGCGCCUCUAUGAAACUGGACGUGAAUCUUCCCAAAAAGAAGAGUGAGGACUCGGACUCAGAUGACUUGUUUGCCAUUAGCGACAAAUGGACCUUUGAAUGGAGCAGUCGUCGUUGGUCCCGUCUCCUCGAUGAGGCGGGGCCCAGGGAGCCAGUGGAGGAGUCCGUUCUUCGAGCCACACCCAGCAGCGAGAGUGUCCUGACAGACCUGAGCGAGCCUGACGUCUCAUCCUUGCACAGCGAAAGCAGCAGUGGAAGCGCAGGAGUCCGAGCUCACAGUGGAGACGACUCGGACGGCUCGCGCCGUGCCUGCUCAGACUCAAAUGCCAUGCUCAAGCUAGGGAUUGCCCAUCAUUCCUCAGACCAUCCUUGCUACUCCUCACUUCCUGUCAAGCAUGGCAAGCUGGGCCGGAUGCGGGCCAAGGACUUCCUGCGACGCAUGGAGACUCUGCGGUCGCAUGAGGCAGCAGAAAAUGGGCGCAGGACUUUGGUGAUCAGUGCUCCCAUUCUUCAACAUGAACCUGAAGCCUUGAAGGCUCUCCAGUGUGUGGAGAUUAAUGGCCAUGGUGUCUCAAGUUCACACUCGAGCAGUGAAGGUAGUAGCAGCCAAUCCGGUGGCAGCACUGUCAGCACUCCAAGCCUGAAGGAACGCAAAGCCCACCGUGCUGAGCACAAGCGCAGUGGCAUGUACCUGGAUGACCUGGAUGUCUUCUCUGGAAUCGUUCAGGGUAAACGCAAUGAAUUCCGCUCUUACGAAGACCUGGUAGUGCACAUCCCGAAAGACCACAAACCUGGAACCUUCCCGAAAGCUCUUUCCAUUGAGAGUCUCUCACCCACAGCUACACCUCUCAGCAUGGCUCUUGAAGCCCAGCGUCAGCCCAGCAUGAAAGAGCAUAGACCUGUUACACAGUGCUGCUCACGUGGUAGCCGCGUCAGCAUCUACGACAAUGUGCCCGGGUCACACCUCUACGCCAGCACCGGGGACCUCAUCGAUUUGGAAAAAGAGGACCUGUUCCCACACUUGGAUGAUAUCCUACAGCACGUGAAUGGCCUGCAGCAGAUUGUGGACCACUGGUCCAAGAACGUUCUGCCUACUGGAGAGAGUGUGGAAAAGGGCAAAGUGGAGCAGGAUGGGAACAUGCAGUCCUCGAGUAACAUCACGCUGGAUUUGGAGGGUCACUCAGUGCUGGAGGGGCAGGUUACCCCCAGUGACGGGGAGAGGGAUGGUGUUUCACUUAAUGAAACUGAAUCUACAGGAAUUAGAGAGAGGAGAGACUCUGGGGUUGGUGCUUCGCUCACCAGGCCAAAUCGUUUGCGAUGGCCGAGUUUCCAGAUCUCCAACCGCCUCAGCCAUUCAGUGGCUUCCCUACAGAUCACCAACCAAUCCGCAGGACAGCUCAGCCUGCUGCAGAGGUUCUCUCUGCUGCGGCUCACUGCCAUCAUGGAGAAGUACUCCAUGUCUAACAAGCAUGGCUGGACCUGGUCAGUGCCAAAGUUCAUGAAGAGGAUGAAGGUUCCUGACUAUAAGGAUAAGAACGUGUUUGGUGUUCCCCUCAUUGUGCAUGUCCAGCGUUUCGGUCAGCCUCUACCUCUGGGCCUCCAGCAGGCUCUCCGCUACCUCAGGAGCCAGUGUCUCGACCAGGUGGGACUCUUCCGCAAGUCUGGAGUGAAAUCUCGCAUCCAGGCUCUCAGGCAGAUGAACGAGAACUCUCCGGAGGAUGUGAAUUAUGAGGACCAGUCCGCCUACGAUGUGGCCGACAUGGUCAAGCAGUUCUUCAGAGAUCUUCCCGAGCCGCUCCUCACCAGCAAGCUGGGAGAAACUUUCCUCCAUAUUUACCAGUACGUGCCUAAGGACCAGCGGUUGCAGGCGGUCCAGGCAGCCAUCAUGCUGAUGUCCGACGAGAACAGAGAAGUCCUGCAAACCUUGCUGUGCUUCCUCAGCGAUGUCACUUCCUCUGUGCAGGAGAAUCAGAUGACACCCAUGAAUAUUGCCGUGUGUUUAGCGCCCUCCCUUUUUCACCUCAAUAUCCUGAAGAAGGAAAACCUCUGUCCAAGAACCAUGCAGAAGAAAUACGCCACUGGAAGACCUGACCAAAAGGACCUGAAUGAGAACCUGGCCGCCACUCAGGGUCUGGCACAUAUGAUCACAGAGUGCAACCGGCUAUUCGAGAUUCCCCAUGAAAUGGUGACGCAGUCGCGAAACUCGUACGUGGAGGCGGACCUGCAGGCCCCGACGCUGGAGGACUUGUGUAAGCAGCAGCAGCAUGAGGAAGAGGAGGAGGACGAAGGCUCCUGGCCUGUGCACUUAGACUCCCGACUUCAAGUCCUGCUCAAGGAGGCGCGAGACAAAGCCAAGGGCUGGGUGUCCUGCCAAAGCUCCAAUAACACCGAACUCGCAUACAAGAAGGUAGGUGACGGGAACCCGUUGCGGCGCUGGCGUGUCUCAGUAGAGGUGGAAGCUCCUCCAUCUGUGGUGCUGAACCGCGUACUGCGAGAGCGCCACCUGUGGGAUGUGGAUCUGCUGCAGUGGAGAGUGUGUGAAGUGCUGGACAAGCAGACUGAGGUCUUCCAAUAUGUCCUAAACCGCAUGCCCCCACACCCCAGCAGGGACUUUGUAGUUCUCAGGUCGUGGAGGACAGAUUUACCUCGGGGCGCAUGCUCGCUCGUGUCCGUCUCCAUCGAGCACGACGAGUGUCCUCUCGUAGGUGGUGUGAGGGGCGUCGUGCUCGAGUCUGGCUACCUGCUGGAGCCCUGCGGAUCGGGCAAGUCUCGGCUCACACACAUCUGCAGAGUGGACCUCAAAGGCAGAACUCCAGAAUGGUACAACAAAGCGUUCGGUCACCUGUGUGCCGCCGAGGCCGCCCGUAUCCGCAACUCCUUCCAGCCCAUCCAUGCAGAUGGACCAGAGACUAAAAUCUGAGUCCCACGAUGCCUUUCUGCAUGAACGGACGUCUCUGUGAGGGACACCCAGGACCCGGGACACCCUUCAGCCAAUGCUGUGACUCUUAAGAUGCCCAAAGUGGAAAUAAAUAAAUAAAUAAAUAAAUAAAUAAAUAAAU